AUGGCCAGCUUCCAACAAUGGGGCUGCCGUGCUCGUACGCUCCAAGGGCGUCGGUUGCUGGCCAAUACUGUCAUGCUCUCACUCUUGUGGCAUGUUACGGCCGCUCUACCUGUGCCACCCGCCAUGGUGCAGAGCUGGCAGUCUAUGCUCAACCGCUACAUCCUCGGCCGCAAGAUUAUCCCUACAGACCGUUACAGUCCUCUGCUGGCUGCAAGCCUGCAGUUUGACUCGAAACUAGGCCUUGGGCUACCUCACGUUGCGUCCAGGAUCCGUGCACAACGGCUACAGAUCCUUCAACGUGCCAUGUCCCUGCUGCCCCUCACCCCAGCGACAACUAUACAGCUUCCGGUGUGGCUCAUGACCUACGAGCCCACCAUGUCGAAUGGCAAAUGUGCAGCUCGCAUUGUCAACUCCCCCCCAACUCGACGGUGGUGUAGCCAUGGUGCAUGCAACCGGCUACGAUGUCUAGCCGAUAUCGUUGCCGUGCACGGGCGAUGGCCCACCCGUCCGGAGUUUAUGGUUAUGAUGUGUCAGGGCAACCCAGCGGCCCCAGUGGAGCGCGGCAACGACGGGCGGUCCAGGGACUCAGUCAGCUCCCUCCCCUGCCCUCCCCUGCCGCCCCAACAGCUCGGCACCCCUUCUACGGCCUGGCUAAGGACGUUCCCACCCCUUUCGAGCUCUGGCCACGGCGUAUGGUGUUAG